AUGGAAGGCGGUUACGAGCAAGGCGGUGGAGCUUCUAGAUACUUUCAUAACCUCUUCAGACCGGAGAUUCAUCACCACCAACAACAGCUUCAACCGCAAGGCGGAAUAAAUCUUUUUGACCAGCACCAUCAUCAGCAACAACAACAGCAACAGCACCAGCAAGAGCAGCAACGGUCGGAUGAUUCAAGAGAAUCUGAUCACUCAAACAAAGAUCAUCACCAAACGGGUCGACCCGAUUCAGAUCCAGCUACAUCAAGCUCAGCACCUGGAAAACGUCCACGUGGACGUCCACCAGGAUCUAAGAACAAACCAAAGGCACCGAUCAUAGUGACGCGUGAUAGCCCCAACACGCUUAGAUCUCACGUCCUCGAAGUAUCUCCUGGAGCUGACAUAGUUGAGAGUGUUUCCACUUACGCUAGGCGGAGAGGGAGAGGUGUCUCCGUUUUAGGAGGAAACGGCACCGUUUCUAACGUCACUCUCCGUCAGCCAGUCACUCCCGGAAACGGAGGUGGUGUUGGAGCUGGAGCUGGAGGAGUUGUGACUUUACAUGGAAGGUUUGAGAUUCUUUCCCUAACGGGAACCGUUUUGCCACCACCUGCACCGCCUGGUGCUGGUGGUUUGUCGAUAUUUCUAGCCGGAGGGCAAGGUCAGGUGGUUGGAGGAAGCGUCGUGGCUCCGCUUGUUGCAUCAGCUCCGGUUAUACUAAUGGCUGCUUCAUUCUCAAAUGCGGUUUUCGAGAGAUUGCCUAUUGAAGAGGAGGAAGAAGAAGGCGGUGGUGGUGGUGGAGGAGGAGGAGGAGGACCACCGCAGAUGCAGCAAGCUCCAUCAGCUUCUCCACCGUCAGGAGUGACCGGUCAGGGACAGUUAGGAGGUAAUGUGGGUGGUUAUGGUUUCUCCGGUGAUCCUCAUUUGCUUGGAUGGGGAACUGGUACACCUUCAAGACCACCUUUUAAUUGAAUUUACAUAUAUUUAUCAAUGGAUAAUUUUAUGUGUGUUUUUAUCAUUUGUGGAGUCGGCUUUCGUAUGGAAUCUUUGGUAUUUACUUUGUAGUUAAUAUGCAUAUUUGAGCGUUCGUGAUUUCUCUUAUACUUGGAGCGUUAGAGGAAUGCAUAUUCGUCUCUCGUCUUGUUACUUAAAAAAAACUCUCCAUAGACUCCAUAUAUGUCUUUCUUUUAUCCAUUGCUAGGGUUCCGUGAUGUACGGUAUAACUAU